AUGGCCGGUGGUCAAGAAGGAAGAAAGGGGUCGGCAUCACCGCCACCACCACCACCACCACCAGCAACACCACCAAAGAGCGGUGGUGGUGGUCAACAUCAACAUCAACAUCAUCAUCUGCAUCAUCUACACCAUCUACACCAACAAUAUCAGCAAUUUCAGCAACCGGCACUACUACCACCAUAUCCACAAAGUCAACAUUCACAAAGUCGUCACCCGCAGCAGCAGCAGCAGCAGCCUCCAAGAAGUGCAGCACCACCAGCACCAACACCCGCACCAGUACCAGCACCCGCACCAGCACAACCACCAAGCAGCACCGUCGACCCAAGUCUAUUGCCAUACACGGGCGAGCAACGAAUACUCGAAUUGCACCGACGAGAACUCGAGAAAGCUUCUAGCGGUGAUACCAGCGAUCAUGACUACACAACCCCCCUCCUCCCCCACCUAAAACUCAUCUCCGCCGACUCCUCCCUCCCCCACCCCAAGUCCUACUUCCGCUACACCGUCCAACCCUCCCACUGCAACCGCAACGGCACCCUCCACGGCGGCUGCAUCGCCACUCUCUUCGACUACUGCACCAGCAUGCCGCUUGCGCUCGUCUCCCGCCCCGGGUUCUGGUACUCUCUGGGCGUCAGUCGGUCUUUAAACACGACGUACUUGCGGCCUGUCCCCGUGGGCACCGAAGUGUUUAUCGAGUGCGAGGUGGUGGCGCUCGGUAAGCGGAUGGCGAGUAUUAGUGGCAAGAUGAGGAGGGCGGUGGAUGGCGCGCUGGUGGCUACUUGUGAGCAUGGCAAGGUGAAUACGGAUGGGGCGGAGGGGGGGAGUAAGCUUUGA